UACCCAACCCUGACAAAAAAAAUAUUGAAUAUUUAGCAAGAGUUAAUGCUGAUUGUGCUUUAUAAAUAGAAAUUCAAAAUCAGAUUCAUUGAUGAAAGAAUCUAUGGAAUAGAUUCUUCAAAAAGCGACUUUUGAACUAGUGGCAGUAUUAGUGAUUCUUUGAGAUGGAUGUUGGGAUAAAUAAUGAAACCGAAAACACUUUUCAUCAUUUUCAAAGAUAUCCUAUAGAUGGAGCAAGCUCCAAACUAGACUUUUCUGAUCUAAUAAAAUUUGCACGAUCUGGCUUUCUGGAUUACUUUGCUGGUGUGAUAAGAUUGAAGUGGGCCUUAAAAGUUGGCUGAGAAAGAUGAAAAUCGAUGGAGCAUUCAGAAAAUGAAGAAAAUAGUAUUCCUUCGGUAAAACAGGAAGCCGAGGAUAUCCCCGAUCAAUUCAUGGAUGAUGAUGAAGUUCACGAGAGGCCAGAAGAAUUCUUAGAAAUCGUUUACGAAAACGACUUGCCGCAGCCCUCGAUUCGUGCACACAAGUGCGAUAUAUGCAGCUACUCCACAAAUCGGCAACGAGACCUUAGAAGACACAUCAACUGCGUCCAUUUAAAUUUGAAGGAAUUCAAAUGCAAUCUAUGUGAGUAUGCCACAAGUCAAAAAAUCAACCUGAAACAACACAAAGACUGUGUUCAUUCGAAUCUGAAGGAAUUCAAAUGUGACCGAUGCGAAUACGCAGCGAACCAAAAAAUCAACCUAAAACAACACAUCGAUUCAGUCCAUCUGAAUCUGAAAGAGCACAGGUGCGACAUCUGCAAUUACGCCGCCAAUAGACAGCGUGAUCUCAACAGACACAUAAAUUCCGUGCAUUUGAAUUUGAGGGAUCAUAAAUGUGAUUUAUGCGAUUAUGCCACGGAUCGACAGUACGCUCUCAAGCGACACAUUGAUUCCGUUCACAUAAAUCUGAAAGAGCACAAAUGCGACUUGUGCGAGUACGUAACCAGUCAAAAGAAUAAUUUGAAACAACAUGUGGAUUCUGUUCAUUUGAAUCUGAGAAAGCACAAGUGCAAAAUGUGCGAUUUUACCACGAAUUGGAAGAAGGUGUUGAAGCAGCAUAUAGAUUCUCUCCAUUUGAAUCUGAAGGAACAUAAAUGUGAUAUAUGUACGUACGCUUCUAAUAAACGGCGUGAUCUUAAACGACAUAUAGAGUCUGUUCAUUUGAAGUUGAAACAAUACGAGUGCUUGUCAUGUGAUUAUUGUACAAAUUACAAACAUCAUCUCAAAGCGCAUAUAAAUUCAGUUCAUAUGAAAAUUGAAGAAACGACAUAAGUGAUUAUCUGCAAUUGUGUAAAUUCAAGUUAUGUCGUUAUUUUCAAAUAUAUGCUAAAGAUAUUGUUAAGAUUCAAUAAAGAAAAUGAUUUUGAUGUACUAAUAGGAUUUAAAUUAGGCUGUAUAGAACUUACUGGCAUAAUAAAUUAUUUAGUUUUAAUAAUUUUCAACUCCUCCAAAUAUAUAAUAAGCCAAUAAUUGAAAAUUAUAUCAAAUUGUUUAUUUGUAAUAUGUUAUCAUAAUAUAAUUUGUUAUUAAAUUGA